AACAUUAUAUCUUUGUUUUUGUAUCAGAUAGUUUAAGUUCUAAAGUAAAAUGUAUACUUACUUACUGUAGUUGUACAUGAUGCUGCACCUCCAACCAACCAUAUUAUGAUUUAAAAUGUUACAAUAAUGGUUGUUUAUGUAAAAAUGCAUUCGGAACAUAACUUUAUUCAUUUAGCCUGCUCAGUGGCCUUGUGGUUAGAGUGUCCGCCCUGAGAUCGGUAGGUCUUGAUCUACCCCGACCGAGUCAUACCAAACACUAUAAAAAUGGGACCCAUUACCUCCCUGCUUGGCACUCAGAAUCAAGGGUUGGAAUUGGUGGUUAAAUCACCAAGAUGAUUCCCGAGCAUGGCCACAAAUGCUGCUCACUGCUCCCCUCACCUCCCAGGGGGUCGAAUGCAGAGGUUAAUUUCACCACAUGUAGUGUUUGUGUGACUAUCAGUGACACUUUAACUGACUUUAACUUUAACUUUAUGCUACUUCACUUUUGAUAUAGUUUUUAUUUCAACAGUGUAAGGUCUAAUCUUAUAUACAUUUCAAAAUCCUGCAAUUAAUCAUGUUAGUCUGGUCAAGUGGAGAUCAUGUAUAUUUUUUAUAAUAAUAUUUAGUUUAUUUACCAAGGACAAUACAUAUUAAUAAACACAUGGCAUAUAAAUAUGUGAGAUUAUAGCCACUUACUAUCAUUUCCAUCUCUAAUCCCUCAGCAACACAUUGAAAACAUAGUACACAGAAUAACAAUAUUGAAAUGUAAAAUUCCAAGGUUCUGAUCAAAUACAUAUUUCACUGUAUACACCUUUGCACUUUUAUAUAGCUUUUAAAUUAUGAUUACAAUUUUGAUUUUCAGGCAGUCAUUUUUAAAGGGCUAAUUAAAUGAUGCUUUUGGUGCUACUUCCCUGAUAUUUUCAGAUUGUGUUUUCAAUGUUUGACAUGCUCAAUUAGAAAAAGAUAGCUGCUCAAACACACUUUUUUGAACGGCACCAAAUGGAGCCAUGCUUAGUUGUGCUGUUGGCAUUUUUGCAUUUACAAAGUUUCUUAGAAGAGGUGGUCCUCGGUCAUUUAAAAUGUGAGUCAGCAAACUUUAUUAAGUUUUCCCAAUUGAAUAGGUUAUAUUUCUUGAAUAUUCUGCAAUGAUGACACAUGGGGGGACUUUCUUAAUAUCUUGAACAAUCCAAAUUGGAUUGUGUUUGUGUGCUGCAGGAUGCGUGCAUACUCACAUUAAAUGUACCACUGUUUUAUCAGUGCAUAGUGGUCUUGUGUUUAUCAUGUAAUGUAAAAUUGUGACACUUAGAGGUUUAUUGCUGUCCCUGAAUUGCAGUGUGUACAACACCACUUAUAGAUUAGUGAAUGUGCAGGUUUAUGUGUCAAGGUUUAUUAGUGAAGCACUCGGUUGAUAUAGCUCUCUAAGAGUGAUCAUCAAUAUGUCUCUACCUCUAGUUAGGAAUGGAUGGAUUUCAUUAUAUUAUUGGUACAAAUACUAAUGAACAUGGUGUUUCUGGGUGACUGUCCGUGGUUCUGAAGUGCAGUUUAGGCUACAUUCCAGCACCCCCUGACACCCAAUGAGGGACAAGCGGCAGAAAAUGGAUGGAUGGAUGGAUAGACAAUUUGUUUGAAAAGCCCUUUGAUUAUUUACUAUUUUUAGUUCCAUCAUAAUUAUCAGUCAUUUGUGCUGAGGUUUUAAUGAAUUACAUCAAACUAAAACACAUGUAUUGAUUGUGUUUCUUGUAUCUUUUUAUUAUUUAUUGCUAGUCUUAAAAAAGAUAGCAUAUUAUUUAUAAAGGCAUUGUUUUGAAUGUGUGUGUAUCUGGACCACUUUCACAUUUCAGCCUCUAAGGGACGCUAUUGCAUGAGAAAUGAAUGUGAUAGUUACGUGAUGCAGUGCAGCGUCUUUCUCUGUCACUGCCAUUUAUAGAAGAGAGCUUCGUGUGAACAACCGUACAAAAACACGCUCAUCUGAAUGCGUAUUGCUCCUAUUAGUCAAAGUAUUUAUAUAGAGUCGUUUUACUUUCAUAUUAUUUUUUUCACAUGGAGUCUAAAGAGGAUCAUUGCAGUGGAGGAAGAAGAUGGCGAUGUUUUUGGCGACGGGCGGCCUGCCUCUUUGUCUUUUUGUGUUUUUUCCUAAAUGGAACGGAGGCACAGAUCCGCUAUUCAAUCCCAGAGGAGAUGAAAAAAGGCUCACUUGUCGGUAAUGUGGCCCAAGAUCUCGGUUUGGAUCUAAAAAGACUCCGUUCUGGGCGUGCCCGCAUCGUGACGGGGGAGAACGUCCAGUAUACGGAGCUGAGGACGGACAAAGGGCUUCUGGUCGUCCAUGAGAGGAUAGAUCGAGAGCAGCUCUGUGGAGACGUGACGCCGUGCAGCUUCACCUUUGAGAUUUUAUUGGAAAACCCCAUGGAAUUACACCCUGUGACCAUCGAAGUGUUGGACGUCAAUGACAACUCCCCCACCUUUGAAAAUAAUUAUUUGCAAUUUGAAAUAAGCGAGUCUGCUGCUCUUGGCUCCCGUUUUGUUUUGGAAAGUGCACAUGAUGCUGAUGUGGGUGCAAACGGUCUGCAAAGCUACAUUUUAACUCCGAGUGAUAAUUUUGUUUUAAAGGAACACGUCAGUCCUGGAGGCAGUAAAUAUGCAGAAAUGGUGCUGCAGAAAGGAUUAGACAGAGAAAAAGAACCACGGCUUUCCUUAAAAUUAGUGGCCGUGGAUGGUGGAACUCCACAAAAGUCAGGUACAGUAAAUAUGAACAUAAUUGUUCAAGAUGCAAAUGAUAAUGCUCCUGUUUUUAAUCAAACAAUGUAUAAAGCUAAAGUGGUUGAAAAUGCAGUAAAAGGCACUCACGUUCUAACUGUGAAUGCAUCUGAUGCAGAUAGUGGAUCAAAUGCAAAAGUCACAUACUCUUUUUCAAAAUCAAAAGCAGUAAUAGCAGAUUUAUUUCACAUUGACCCAGAAACAGGAUGUAUUACAGUAGCAAAAGAAAUAGAUUAUGAAAAAGAAAAAACAAUAGAGUUCAUGGUUGAAGCUAAAGAUCAAGGCACAUUGACAGACUCUACUAAAGUGGAAAUAGAAGUAAUAGAUGUAAAUGAUAAUGUUCCAGUCAUAAAUGUGAUGUCCUUCACUAGUCCUGUGUCAGAAGACUCCCCAGCUGGUACCACUAUUGGUAUCAUUAAUGUUAAAGAUCAAGAUUCUGGAGAAAAUGGCCACGUCAGGUGUGCCAUUGAGGGCCGCGUUCCAUUUAGGAUUAAAUCCAAUGUGAGAAAUUAUUUUGCAUUAUUGACUGAUGCUGACUUAGAUCGUGAAAGUGUGCCGGAAUUUAACAUAACUGUCAUUGCAUCAGAUUCUGGCUCACCUCCUCUGUCUAGUAAAAUGACUUUUAAUUUGAAGGUUUCAGACGUGAAUGACAAUGCUCCGGUGUUCCCGGUCAGCUUAUAUACUGCAAGUGUUGCAGAAAAUAACUCUCCAGGUGUUUCUGUGCUAAAAGUUAGUGCCAAAGACCCUGAUGAAAACCAGAACGCUCGUGUUUCUUACAUGUUGGAGGAGCGUGAAAUCGGAGGAACUCCAGUAACUGAAUUUGUGUCCGUUAAUGCAGAAAGUGGAGUCAUUAGUGCAGUUCGCUCAUAUGAUUAUGAACAAAUUAAAGAACUGGUGUUUAUUGUCAGAGCUCAGGAUGGAGGCUCUCCUCCUCUUAGCAGCAAUGUAAGCAUCCGCAUACUAAUCCAGGACCAGAACGACAACGCCCCCCAGGUCCUGUACCCGGUCCAGACGGGUGGCUCGGUGCUGGCUGAAAUGGUGCCUCGUUCAGCAGAUGUGGGCUAUCUGGUGACUAAAGUGGUGGCUGUUGAUGUGGACUCUGGACAGAACGCCUGGCUCUCCUAUAAAGUGCACAAAGCCACAGACAGGGCGCUGUUUGAAGUGGGCCUACACAAUGGAGAAAUAAGAACUGUCCGCCAAGUCACUGAUAAAGAUGCUGUCAAACAAAGACUGAGUGUUCUAGUGGAGGACAACGGGCAGCCCUCUCGUUCAGCUACAGUCAUUGUUAACGUGGCGGUGGCGGACAGCUUCCCUGAAGUGCUGUCAGAGUUCACUGACUUUAGCAUGCACGACAAGGAGUACAAUGACAAGCUGACUUUUUACUUAGUCUUGGCUUUGGCUGUGGUCUCCUUCCUCUUCAUCACCUGCUUGCUGCUCAUCAUAUCAGUCAAAGUGUACAGGUGGAGACAGUCUCGCGUCCUGUACCACUCCAACCUCCCUGUCAUUCCAUAUUAUCCACCACGUUACUCAGACACUUUGGGGACAGGGACUCUCCAACACGUGUACAAUUACGAGGUGUGCAGGACCACCGACUCCAGAAAAAGUGACAUGAAGAAUAUGCAAGCCAUGAGUCAAAGUUUAGUGAGUGUGGAUGGAGCUGAUGCUGAUACACCACAUGUGACCAAGCAGAUGUCAGGAAACUUUUCACAGAUGUCAACUUUGGUAAGAAAGUGUUUCUCUAUACUUCUCACGCACACGUACAGAAACAACACAUUGUUGCACACCAACUUUAGCAAUCAUUUGUUCACAAUUUCCAUUUUGGCUGACACAUCUUUUCUAUAUAUCCACUAUACCAGGGGUCGGCAACCCGCGGCUCCGGAGCUGCAUGCGGCUCUUUGAUCACUCUUAUGCGGCUCGGCAGCUUACUCACCGACCCCCCGAUUUUACCGGGAGACUUCCGGAUUUCAAUGCCUCUCGCAGGAAACUCCCGGGAUUAAUAUUCUCCGAUUUUCACCCUUACAGUUAUAAUGAGGGCGUGCCAUGAUGGUACAGCAUUUGGCACCCUCUACAAUCUGUAUUAACAGCGUGCCAGCCCAACUCUUUGUU